UGGCUGUGGGUGCAGCGGGGGCUGCCGGACCGCUCAGUCCUGGGGCUGCUAGGAAGGCGGCGGGUUUGCCGAGCCGAGUGACGGACAUGGUUUCUCCCCGACCACUUGCGGGCUGAAAAGGGGCCGCCCUGGCGCGGUUGCAGCGGCGAGAAGCGGUGCAUUGCCGUCCUGACCUGCUGCUGAAUGUCUGUCCCGAAGGAUGCGGAGAAGCUUUUGCCGUUGGCGCAGAGAUGGCCCCGGGCGAGCAAGUUCCUGCUGUCGGGCUGCGCGGCCACCGUGGCCGAGCUAGCAACCUUUCCCCUUGAUCUCACGAAAACUCGACUCCAAAUGCAAGGAGAAGCUGCUCUUGCUCGAUUGGGAGACAGUGCAGGAGAAUCUGUCCCCUAUAGGGGCAUGAUUCGCACAGCGCUGGGAAUCAUUCAAGAGGAAGGCUUUCUGAAGCUUUGGCAAGGAGUGACACCCGCCAUUUACAGACACGUAGUGUACUCUGGAGGUCGGAUGGUCACAUAUGAACAUCUCCGAGAGGUUGUGUUUGGCAAAAGUGAAGAUAAGCAUUAUCCCCUUUGGAAAUCAGUCAUUGGAGGGAUGAUGGCUGGUGUUAUUGGCCAGUUUUUAGCCAACCCAACUGACCUGGUGAAGGUUCAGAUGCAAAUGGAAGGAAAACGGAAACUGGAAGGAAAACCAUUGAGAUUUCGUGGUGUGCAUCAUGCAUUUACAAAAAUCUUAGCUGAAGGAGGAAUACGUGGGCUGUGGGCCGGCUGGGUGCCCAAUAUACAAAGAGCAGCGCUGGUGAAUAUGGGAGAUUUAACCACUUACGAUACAGUGAAACACUACUUGGUACUGAACACAGCACUUGAGGAAAAUAUCAUGACUCACGGUUUAUCCAGUUUAUGUUCUGGACUGGUAGCUUCUAUUCUGGGAACACCAGCUGAUGUCAUCAAAAGCCGAAUAAUGAAUCAACCACGAGAUAAACAAGGAAGGGGGCUUUUGUAUAAAUCAUCAACUGACUGCUUGAUUCAGGCUGUUCAAGGUGAAGGAUUCAUGAGUCUGUAUAAAGGCUUUUUGCCAUCUUGGCUGCGAAUGUGAUCUGGUGACAUCUCACAAGGACAUCCAGUGAGACCCAGCACCAUGUUUUCUAAGGAAGAAUGGAACCCUGACUACUUUCACCUUGGACAAGGUUUGGCCUUUGCAAUGCCAUUCUGAGAUGAAGAGGCUGCUUAGAGGAGGGAUUCCAGGAAACAGUGAGCAUCUCAGAUUGGAAGUAGACUAUAGGAAUGUAGAAGAAUAUUUACAUAGUGCUUACGAAAUACAUUUAACCUGUAUAUCAGUAUUUAUAACUGAAGCCUGAUGACUCACUUUUCUUUUGUUAAAGUGUACAUAUGUAAAUUAAAGGAGGUAAAUGAAAAUUCGUGAAUAAAUAUUUUGAUUUCCCUAGUAUUGAAGGAAGUUGAUGUACCUUUUCUUGCCAGGAGGAUGUGGGGAAAAAAGCCAAGUUGAGGUGAUGUUUGAUUUUCAAGGAAAGAAGCAGCUGGAUAUCAGUGCCCACACCUCCACACCUACACCUGUGUUAACUGAUCAGCACUCCACCACACUUGCUCAUAACUUGCCCUGACAUCUACAGACUCUAAAUCUUGACAAUAAGAGAGCGCAUUUGUCUGGUUAUGUCCCAUUACAACCUGGAUUUGCCACUAGCUCUCAAGAAUCUUAAAAAAUAACCUUAUUUGAUUAAAACCAAGCUGUAUAGUUCCUCUGGUAAAGCACCUUUUGUUACCAUGAGCUUUUUUAAUGGUAUUUUAAAAGCAAGACUCACAUAAAGCCAAUUCUGGCCUGUAUCCAUUCUUACCUUCCUUCCCUAAUAUGAGUGCUGGAGAGAGAGGGUUCAUAGGUUACACUAAAACUGUCAGUAGCCUGAAUCUUACUUUGACGAAGCAUCUUACCAAAAAUGUGAUAAGUGUAACCUGUUCAUAGUAUAUAGUUAUAUCUCCAGUCUUUGAAUCCAGACCCUUUUCUUGUUUUAGAAAGGCAAGAGAUUUCUCCAGACUCACCUAUAUACCACC